AUGCGAAUCCUUCAUCAACAUGGUGUGCAUCAGUUUGCCCUACAUGGUACGUAUGGCCAGAUCCUCAAACAGACGUGUGCAUGGUGUGGGCAGUGGAUUGCUUCCCCGUACAUGGUCAAGAAUCACUUCCACAACUCGCACCCGGAACUCAUGCAGCAGUACUCCUCUCAGCUCAAUAAAUUCCUUAGUGACAUUGUGCCUCGAUUCCCGUGCGCCUACUGCACUUCUACUGUGAAGGAGAAGGCUCGGCACAUUCCGAGGAUGACACUACCAGCAGAUCAAGUUCAACAACUCUUCGGAGGAAUACUGAGCGAGGACCACAAUCCCAGACCAAACAAAGCACCCAAAUCCCAGCUGAGGCAGGACAAGGGCACAGGAAAAGGGGGAAGAGGAUGGUCAAAGCGCAGCAGAGAGGCCCCACCGAUGACACAUGCGCAACAAACAAGUGGCGACACGGAACACCUGAUCAGCCUUCUGAGCCGACUCGUCCUCAGACACGAAGACUCAGUAGCAGUGCUGAGGCAAAAUACGGGUUGGGUGAUGUAUCUUCAAACACAGAAACAUGCGUGCUCCGUGGUCGACAUCCUAGUGAAGCUUUCCGUGAAGUGGCACUCAGCGGCUCAGAAAGAGGCACCAGUCGGUCGAGUCCCCUUACGAUGCAUCCUCCUACAAGGUCUGGUUCAGGAGCUCCUCAACAGGUUGAGCCGUCAGGAAGUGGUCGAUGCAGCAAAACAAGCGGGAUGGGUGACAGACGACGGGUGGAUUUAUCAGGUUUGGUGCCCAAACAGCCGAUGUCUCAAAGCAAACGGGAGCAAAUCCCCAAUGUCCCAUGCGACGAUGCUGGAAAAGCUACAGACUUUGCAGCGGGCUCUAGCGAACGACUCCGCAAUCCACCGUUUCAGAUCAUUGAGACCCCUCCGGGAGCAGAUGGAAGGCGAGACAGUGGUUAUGCUAUUGGACUUAGCGAUACUCGAGGAAGAUGGCAAGCUUGCCCAGGCACUCAUGCAGGAAUUGACGGGAAACUCCGUAUGUCAGGUCGUAGGCCUCCAGUUCCGGAGAGAGUCGCUGCAGCGUUCUUCAUUGGCGCGGGAGCUCCAGCAGACAUUGAACGACUCCUACAUGUCCUAA